AAAAUAAGAGAAGAAAGAAGAAGAAGAAGAAGAAGAAGAAGGAAGAGAAUUCUCGGGAUUUUGGAGUUUGGAGCAGCAUCCGGCAUUAUAAACGCAACCCCACCCCAAAGCCAUCAUCCACCGCUUUGACCUUUCUCCCCUCCGCCCCUUCUCUCUCUCUCUCUAUCUCUUCAAAACUUCUCCGCCUUCCCUCGGUUUCCUUCUCCCGAUUUCUCCGUCAUCCUGAUCGGAAGGUUCUCGCCGGCUCGAUCAUUGCCGGUUCCGGUUCCGGUUCCGGCGACGGCGGCUGCGGCUGCGGCUGCGGCUGCGGCUUCCGCCCCUCCUCCUCCUCUUCCUCGUCGUCGUCGUCGUCGUCGAUGGGCGCGUGGCGCUGACAUGACUUGCCUUCCGCGUCACUCCGUCGCCGCUCGCAUUAUCGGCGCGUCUGGUCUCAGUUGCUGGGGUUAGUGCUCAGAUCAAGUAUGAAGCAGAGGCGAUUCAUUCCCUGCUGGAACAUAUUUCAGACACCAUCGCGAGACAGAUUCUCAUGGAUGCUUAGUACAUGCUUGUGUUUCUAUAUCCAUUCGUACAGUGGGAAUCUGGUUGAAAUGUGGAUGCCUGUCGUAGAUACAUGAUUAUAGGUUCCUUUUAGAUUGGUGCAGUUCUUUUCUUAGCUUGUACUUCGAGCUGUGAAUUCUAUGGGCAUAUCCAUGGAAUGGUGUUGAUUUGACUUGAGACUUUGAAUUUGUGUCGACAGUUAUUUUAUUGUGCCUAAGGUAAGAGAUUAAUGGGAAGAAGAGAUAGUUUUGCCAACUAGGUAAGGUGAAAACUGCACUAAGGAGAUUGGGAUGAAGGACUAAGAGGGGAAAGCCAAGCAUAUGUAGUUAUUCCAGGGAACAAGGUGUAAGUGAAUUGGAUUUCAGCAAUGGGGUUGCCGCAAGUUUGCCCCAGUGGUUCGCGGCAGUUUGCCAGUGUAAGCACCUGUGAUUUGGAUGGGAUGCAUGGAGAAGAUAUGAGUAGGAAGGAUGCUGACCCACAAGAUACUGAGGAAAUUAUUAGCUCAGAGGUUUCUGAGUUGCAAGGUGAUUCAUUCAAGUAUAGGAUGACAGCUGCAUCUAAUGCUAAUGGGUUUAGGAUUGGCGAUAAGGCAAGUUGGCUUACUCCUAAAAGUGAGAGGAGCAUUCAGGAUCCUAUAUCUAGAAUAGUGGGUUUUGAGUCUGGCGGGGUGACCCACGGCUCUGAUGGGAUUUCAGUUGAAUGUGAACGAUCCUUUGACGUGCCUGGUGUGAAAAUGAAUGAGACUGAUUCCAGUGGGUCAGUAAUUAGGAAACGCUUGUUGUCACCUUUGAGCCAUGCUCUUUCUUCAGAAAAAGUUGGUGACGAUUCUCUUGAAAUUGGCUGUAGCAGUUUCCAGAAAUAUUCCGCCCCCUUAACCGACACACCUGGUUCUUUUUUGGCGAAAGACUACAAGAAAGCAAAUUUUGGAAGGACAAAAUACUGCACCACCAGAAGCUGGGCCUUCUCAAGAAGCUUAGAGAGUAGGAGCACUCCAUGGAAACUACAAGUGCUUCUAGCUUUUUCACUGAUGGGCCCUUGCUGGAAGAGAAGGAACCCCUAAGUCAUGGUUGUCAUGUGUUGCCAUCUGCAGAUGAGGACUUGAGAAAAUCAAGUAAGGUAAGAUCCAAAAGCAUGGUGGUACCAUCGGCUACUGAAAAGAUAACCUCAUCUACUGUUUCUUCAUCUCCUCUUGGCCCAAAAUUUUCUGAAAGGAUGAAAACUGUGGGAGGAAAUAAGAAUUUAAUGAAUGUUACUGAUGACUCUUCGACCUUGAUGAACGUAGAGAGUUUUGUCCACAAAUCAGAUAUGAACAUUAGCAUUGACACUGAAGAGGAUGCCUUUAGUGAAGUAACCAGAUCUUUUGAAGAUGUUGAUCUCUUAAGCAAAGAAUUUCGUCCGUCUUCCUUGGAAGGUACUGCUGAGGUGUGUUGGCCAUGGUAUCAAGAAUCAAUUGCUAAAUCUCGACAUGGAUUUAGAAGCUUCAGUAGACUAUCUGUUAGGAGGUCAUUGGUCGGUUCCUUUGAGGAGUCUCUAUUGUCUGGUAGACUUCUCUCUGGGAAACUCUGUCAGAAAAUUGAUGGUUUUCUUGCUGUGCUGAGCAUUGUUGGGGGGAGUUUUUCACCGCAGUCACAGAAGCUUCCAUUCUCUGUAAGCAGUGUGGAUGGAGAUUGCUCUCUGUUGUACUUUGCAUCCAUUGAUCUCGCUGGAUCUUCGUUGUCAAACAAGUGUGUUGGCCAAAGAUCUGGAAAGAGUCUCAGCUGUGAGGAUUCGCAAACUGUCAAGAGCCGCCUGCGCAUUCCUAUGAAAGGGCGCAUUCAACUGGUUCUCAGCAAUCCCGAGAAGACACCUGUUCACACAUUUCUUUGUAACUAUGAUUUGAGCGACAUGCCGCUGGGUACCAAGACAUUUUUGCGCCAGAAGGCUACGCUAGAAUCUUGUUGCUCAGCUUCGGCACAGCUGAAAGAGCAGCUAGAUUUGAACUCAAAAGUCACAGACGUAGUGACUCCAAUGUCGAACCAUCUUGUGCAGCCUGGAGUUGAUGCUACACAAUCCAAUGUUACUGGGAAUGAAACCUCUGAUGUGGUGGGUUCAGUGGAGGAAGGUGAUCAGUCUGAGAAACCUGACAGCUUUGGAGAGCAAAAUAUUCCCUCUUCUAAGUUUAACGAUGGGUGUAGGAGUGGUAAACCUGGUUAUGACUGUUAUUGUGAAGAUACUUGCAACGGUAGUGACAGAAAAAUAUUUCAUGGUUGUUCAAAGGUCAAUGAGAACAUGACUGGAGCUGGUGCCUUGCGCUAUGCUCUUCACCUCCGUUUUCUUUGCCCUUUUCCUAAAAAGAGUAAAAGGUCAGUUGCAAGAUGUAAAUCUGAUCCCUUCUCUGUACCAAAAGAAAAUUUGUCAGAUAGGGAAAGGAGAUUCUAUUUAUACAAUGACAUGAGGGUUGUAUUUCCUCAACGACAUUCAGAUGCUGAUGAAGGCAAGUUCAAGGUGGACUAUCACUACCCAGAAGAUCCAAAAUACUUUGACCUCGGCAAUUGAAAUGUCUCAAGCUACCUCCUCAAUUAAAUCCUGGAGGUGCUGUACAUAGUUCAGUAUUUCUUUUCGAAUAUCUUCAUUCCUCCUCUUGUACAGAUUUCAGUUUCUCAAUAAUGUUAACCUUGUAAUUCCAUGUGCAAGUUAACUUUACCCUCACAGCCUUCAUAUCAAAUAUGGGCUCCCUACAGCUUAAAUUGAUAAAUAAAGUUAUGGUUUAUUAUUUAUA